AUGGAUUUAUUAGAAGACCCAAAAGGAGAUAGAUAAGUUAAUAAAAUACCUACACCACCACAUAAACCUUUAAGUUAAGAGUUAUUGUUUAUAGAUGAAAAACCAAACUGGAAAUUACUAAAAGAUCACCUUUUUAAAGAGGGAAGAAUAACUAAAAACUAGAUUAUGAAAAUAGUUGAAAUGUGCAAUUAUUAUCUAAAAAAUGAAGGUAAUGUAAUUUAUGUAGAUGAUCCUCUAACUGUAGUUGGAGAUAUUCAUGGAUAAUAUUAUGAUUUAAUGAAAGUAUUACAAAUGGGAGGUGAUCCAGAUCAAGGCAAAUAUGUAUGAA